GUCUUCGCUGAACCGGGCUCUGGGAGUGCCGCUGUUUGGUAGCUGCCUCCCUCAGGUGACUCCGGCCGCAGCGAAGUUUAAUCACAGUCCCUGACGCGUCCCAGGGUCCCUCCUGAGCUGCAGCGGGGGGUUCCAUGGAGAAGGGCCCGAGGCGGGCGUCGGCGAAGCCGCGGGGCGCCAGGUGCAGCAAUGGGUUCCCUGCGGGGGAGUCGCCGCGGCCGGGGCCGAGCCCGCCCGCCGAGGAGCCGCCGCGGCCGGAGACCAAGAGCGCCCAGCCGGCGGACGGCUGGAAGGGCGAGCGGCCGCGCAGCGAGGAGGACAACGAGCUGAACCUCCCCGACCUGGCGGCCGCCUACACGUCCAUCCUGCGCUCGCUGGGCGAGGACCCCCAGCGGCAGGGACUGCUCAAGACGCCUUGGAGGGCGGCCACCGCCAUGCAGUUCUUCACCAAGGGCUACCAGGAAACCAUCUCAGAUGUCCUAAAUGAUGCUAUAUUUGAUGAAGAUCAUGAUGAAAUGGUUAUUGUGAAGGACAUAGAUAUGUUUUCCAUGUGCGAACAUCAUCUAGUUCCAUUUGUUGGAAAGGUCCAUAUUGGUUAUCUUCCUAACAAGCAAGUGCUUGGCCUCAGCAAACUUGCAAGAGGAGACCCAAGAAAUGGCAUUAGAACGCGAGCUGCAAACCUCUGUGGAUUCCCUGAGGAAGGAGAUGACCUGGAUGUGGGAGGAGGCAUCAUGAGAGCGCCAGCAGCAGGGUGCCAUUGGAGACGACACGGCAGCACUGCCAGGUGUUCUGAAAGAGGAAAGGAGGAAGAGGCCAUCAAGGAAAAAGACAAACUCCUGAGGGAAGCACAGGCGGAGGUGGCACAAGAAUGUCAGCCGUGAAGCAUUGAGCUGAAGGUGGAGGUCAUGUCUGGGAGGAGGGGCCAUCUCUGUCCCUCCCUGAGAAAGGAGCAUGUUCUUUCAACUUGUCACUGGCCGGGGUAGCCCACGUUACCAUGGCAUGCUGUCUCCUUUUGUGGGGUCAGAAUUCUCACUGGUCUCUUAGUGAGUCAGUAUGGAUGUACCUUUUAUUGUAAGCCAUCAUUUCUGCUAAAGGCAGAGUAUUGCUGAACUUCGAAUUGAGGAAAUUAUGAAUAAUAAUGUAGGGAUGAACUUGGCAUAGAGAGGACAUAAAGAACAGGUUGAAUUAGAAGGACUUGUCCUCAGAGAAAUAGUGUGAGGAGCCACUUGGGCCAGAAAUGCAGUUCAUGAUAAGUCAUUCCCCAAUUAGCCUGUAGAAAAUUAACACACACAAUGCACAGAGGUGUGAUUUCAUUACAGCCAUGUAGUCUUGCACAUUUUAGAUCUAGAAAUCACAUAUGAAGUAUAAGCAAAGGGGAUCUGAAAGACCCUAUAUAUUUGUCAUUUAAAACAAUAAACACAUAU